UUUUAUUGUGGAAAUUUCAAAAGGAUAAAGAGCUCUGGACUGAAAUGGUGAAAUCAAAUUCCAAAAGAUUCUUUUGAAGGGUCCCAAACUCUAGUUGAAUAAAACCAGAAAAAGCCGACACCCCCACUCCGAGGUGGCAGCCACCGUAAUUUCACUGCAACUCCAGACCCAUUUUCUCGCCGCUCCUCGUCUCAUUAGAUUCACAAUAAUCACGGCGCAUUUUAGCCCACACCCCCCGCUCGACCUCUUCUGCCAAAAAGCAGUCUCAUUCGUACUUAAAAACCUCAUUCAGCCUCAGCAAGAAGAAAAAUAAAAACAGAAAAGGAAUAAAAAACAAAACAGAUAUAGAGAGCCCAGAAAACUAAACGCACUCAGAGUAGCGUUCUUCAGCUUAAAACGACAUAAAGCUCCGAUCUUUUCUAGUUCCCCUUUCUUCUUUACUCGAAAAACUGACCAAUAUUUGUUCCAAGAUUUUUCCUCUUUUAUUUUCCACUGUAUUUGAGAUGGAGAAAGUGUUUGUUGCUGUUAACUGCGAGCUGAAAGCUUGUGGAAUAGUGUAGGGACUGUCCCAAUUUCUUCUUUUUAGCUGAGAAAUUAUUUUCUCUUCAUCUUUCGUUCUCUCUAUUUUUCUUUAUCCUUGCGAGGAAUGGAUUGCAAGAACAUAUUGGUUGCAGGGAGUUUAGAUCCAGAGAGGAAAAGGAGUGGUGGUUUGAGAACGAAACAAGCAGGACGUGGGUCUUGCCGAGGAAGUUAGGCUAUACAAGGGAAAACAAGGAAAAGAAACAAAGAGAAAAAUAGGGGAAAAAGAACUGAAGGUUUCCCCUUUGAGAGGAAUAAUAAAUCUUGUGAUAUUCCUCUGUUGUUGUCAGGUCCCCAAAGUGAAUCUUUUGGGCGUAUUUUUUCGUCUUUAGAUAUAAAACCAGGAAUAUUCAUAUUUUCUGCUACGCCCAUCAAAUAAUUUGCAAUGGGUUACUUGCUGAAAGAGGCUUUGAAGACUCUUUGUGGAGUCAACCAGUGGUCUUAUGCUGUGUUCUGGAAGAAGGGCUGCCAAAAUCCAAAUCUGUUAAUCUGGGAAGAAUGUUAUUAUGAAGCGGCAUCAUCUUUUGACAGCCUUACGGGAUUUUCUGAUAAAGGGAAUCUAGAUAUCAGUUUUCAGGAUUACAAUAAUUCUUCUGUUCAAUCUGAAAGUCUUAAUUUACGGCCUGCUCUUCCAGCAAGGGAAAAGGUGCACAUUCUUGUGAACAAGAUGAUGGCUGAUGGUAAUGUGAAAGUUGUUGGAGAAGGAUUGGUUGGAAGGGUUGCAUUUACUGGAAACUAUCAAUGGAUAUUGUCUGAGAAUUAUUGUGGAGAAACCCAGUCACUAGAGGUUCUGAAAGAGGCCCUUCAACAAUUUUCAGCUGGCAUGCAGACAGUCACCAUUAUUCCUGUUCUUCCUCAUGGUGUAGUCCAAUUUGGUUCACAUGUGGCUAUCCCAGAGAAUAUUGGAUUUGUUAAAGACGUGACAUCAUUAAUACUCGAAUUGGGACAUAUACCGGGCGUAAUGCAAUCUGAAAACCAUGAAGCAAAAGAACUCGUGCAUGGGCUUUUGUCUCUCAGAUCGAAUCUUAUCAGUACUUCUUCUUACUCGGCCGACAGUUUCAUCUCCCCCGAAUACUUGCCUCAAACCUCCGGGUUUGGCAAUGAUAUUACCUCACCAAACCAGUUCACAAACGGAGUUUCUAAUAAUUUCAAUGCAUGGACAAAUCUACAAUCUUCUUCUAUGAACACUCGUGUGGCUGAAAAGGGCUUAGCCACAAUUGGCCUUAAAGAUCCAAAAUUUUCCGAAGUGUUGAAUUUCCAUGAUGCCGUUGACCAGUGUGAAGAUGGCUUGUUCGAAGCCUUAGGUACCGAUUUUAAGGAAAAGAUGUUAAAUAGCCAUCUUCAAGAGGCCAUGGUCUCCAAAGGCAAAUCUAACAGGAGCUUAGAUGAGAGUGUUUCUUGUAUGUCGAGUCUGACCAAUAUUAGUGGCUCCUCUGCUUCAAAGGCUUUGUUCCCUCAAGGACUUUUUGGGAAUUUCGAUCACGCUAAAGGGGAAUUGUUUGGCAUUUCGAAUUAUAACGGAAAAGAGGUUUCAAGUACUUAUUCACAGGGGAGUUGUGUUUAUGAUUCAUUGGCUGCAAAGGGGUUCAGUUCGAAACAGAAUGAGAGUUUUAAACCAAAUGUGAGCAGCAAAGUUAGUCGUAAGAGGUGUAAACCGGGCGAAAACCCGAGGCCAAGGCCAAGAGAUCGGCAGAUGAUCCAAGAUCGGGUGAAGGAAUUAAGGGAAAUUGUUCCCAAUGGUGCAAAGUGUAGCAUUGAUUGCCUUCUGCAACGUACGAUCAAGCAUAUGCUUUUCCUGCAAGGUGUCACCAAGCAUGCAGACAAGCUGAAGCAAACUGCAGAAUCAAAGAUUAUCAGCAAAGAUGGCGGUUCGCAUUUGAGAGAUAAUACUGGAGGAGUUACAUGGGCCUAUGAAGUGGGUUCACAAUCAACGAUUUGCCCAAUCAUAGUUGAGGAUAUAAGUCAACAACCCCAUCAAAUGCUUGUCGAGAUGGUUUGUGAAGAAAAGGAUUCGUUUUUGGAAAUAGCUGGUAUAAUCAGGGGACUUGGGUUAUCCAUUUUGAAGGGGCUCAUCGAAAAUCGAGAUGGCAAAGUCUGGGCUCACUUCACUGUGGAGGCUAACCACAAUGUGACAAGGUUAGAAAUCUUCCUCUCGUUAGUUCGUCUCUUAGACCAAAAUCCCAAACAUGGUUUUUCCAAGUCGACUGUUCAAACUGAAAAUGUGAUGGUUCAAGAUUGUCACCAAGCGGCCUCCGUCAUAUGUUAAUGAAGCCGAGCAACACGAGAUGUCCGCUGACUAGGAUUACAUGUUUGUCAUGAUUGCUUUAGAACUUGUUAUUGGAUAUUUGUUGGGCUGCUAUUCCUAUUACUCUCCCUCUCGUAAGUGUCGACAGAUUGUGUUAAUAUGCUUUGUAUUUUGCUGCUGUGAAUGUGGGUAGAAUUAUGUGAGGUACUCUAGUUUUUCCAGAGUGAUGAAAGGGGGUAGAAAAGGAAAUGUAGCAGCUUCUUGAUCUACUGAUGUAUAUUAGGUUUUGGGGAUGUAAUGAAUUAAUCUAUUAUGUGGAUUUAUAUAAGAUGAGAUGGAUCUUUUUUGUAGGAAAACUUAUAAAUUAUGGCUACGUGAAUUUGCAAAAAAAAUUCAAAUUGGUGUUGAUGGUAGCGCAGAAAAAAUCUGUGUGGACAAAGAAAUAG